AUGGCGGCGCACCGCGGCAGAACCGCUACGCGUCGCGGUGUCGCACCGCGCCGUGCGGCGACGCUGCUGGCCGGCGCAGCGCUGGUCGUGGCACUGCGCAGUCGAGCCUUCGCUGUGGCUGAAUGUGGGGCGAGCGCUCAGAACGAGUGUGAAGACCGGAGCAGCCGCCGGCAAGUGCUGCAGAGCUCGUUGGCGGCAAUGAGCCUGGAAAGUGCUUUGGCACCUGCCUGGGCGGCAGAGGAGAAGGACGUGGUCUUGAACAAUGGGUUGAAGUUCCCCAAGGUGUCCUUUGGUCUGCAGAUCUACAACGAUGACACGGCCCAGCAGCUCACAGAGUUGAGCUUAUCGUUGGGCUACCGAAACUUCUUCUCUUCAGUCCUUGCGGGCAACCAGCCGGGCUUCGCCAAAGGCCUCAAAGCCUCAGGCGUUCCGAGGGAUGAGGUCUUCGUGUGCGGCUCAGUGGUGAGCAACCGCGCUCGAGGCUUCAAGCCUGCAUACUUGGCCACCAAGCGUGGAAUCUCACAGAACUUGGCAGCCUUUCAGCAGGGAGGCCUCACCUACGUCGAUAUGAUGAUGCUGGACUACCCAGGACCUGACUGCGAGUCCAUUAAGGGCCAAUGGGAAGCCUUCGAAGAGAUGCUUGCCUCGGGGAAGACCAAGAGCUUGGCGGUGAGCAAUUUUUCGCCGGAACAGCUGGACUGCAUUUUGUCCAACCAGACCGCCACGAAGCCCGCCGUGAAUCAGCUGCCCUACUCGAUCAGCUAUGCGGAGCCGCAGAUCUUAGAGGAGAAUAAGAAACGCGGCAUCCUGGUGCAAGCCUGGGCACCCCUGGGCGGCUCCACUGGAGGGAUCUCCAAGAAAGCACAGACGCUGUGUGGAGAGAUCGGGAAGAACUACGGGAAGUCUUGGGCACAAGUGGCUUUGCGCUGGAUUCUCGAACAAGGCGCCACAUUUUCGACGCAGACGCGUUCCAAGAAACACUUCACAGAGGAUAUCGACAUUUUCGACUUCAAGCUUUCUGCCGAGGAGUUUCUGCGAUCUUUCAUGAUGCCAGGGCCGAGCCUGGCGCACCCGAAGAGGUCGGCCGAACUCGUGCAGUGCUGCUUGGUGCGGCACAACUCGCUGAGCGCCCUCUACAGCGCGAGCAGCGCCUUGGGUGAGGAGCCGUCCAUGUCUGCGGUGGUGGCGCAGCUGCGACAGAUCAAGGCCUUCAGCUCACCCCAUAGUUCCGUGGCACUGCGAGCCUUGCGUGAUGGGCAGGCCCUGACAGCGCAGACCGAAGAGUCUUUGACGAAAGUCUUGGACCAGCAGGAGGUGGUGCCCAGCUGGGAGCUUCAACUGUGCAGCGCCGCACGGGUGCAGGCGCUCGAGGAGCUCAUGUCUUGGAAGAAGCUACGACUGGCCCUGUCGAAGGACAUGUCAGGGUCGAUUAUGGGUGCUGCGUCAUUGACGGAGAAGUCAUUGAGGGCCGAGCUGGGCUUGAGCUUCUUGGAAGAAGAUGCAGAGGCUAAGGAGCUCUUAGCGCAGCGCUUGGUCGCCGCUCGUGCCGAGAAGUUAGAUGAGACCACGACGGCCACGGGUUGCGCACUGCUGGCGCUGCAUGGCGUUCAGGCGCAGAAGUGGGAUGAGGCGAGGCGCUUGGUCUACCAAGGCUACGACUCCUUUGCCAUGACCUGGAAUCGCUUGCCACUCCUGGCCGCUUCCGCGCGCCACGAGCGCCUGUCCGCGCUGCCCCUGCUGCAGAGUCUGGAAGCCUUCCUCGACGCGCCGACCGAAGUGUCCGCCGGUUCUGCGACGGCCUGUUCUGCGACGUCCCGCUGCGGGUUGAGUGUGCUACAUGACAGGUUCACCGCUUGGACCGAUCAUCUGCUCUUGCAACUCGGCCUGGCGCGCCAGCGCCAUGACGCCCAGGGAGAGGCCUUGGCGUUUGCCCAGCUGGGGCAACGCUGUCGCGAGCGGCGGAACUGGACCGCGGCACAGGACAUGAUGAGGAGAUGUUUGCAGAAGCGGAAAGUACAAGAUGUACGCUUCUUUGACAACGUCCUUGAGCUCAAGUUGGCUCAGAAGGAGAAGCCCUGCGUUGACUUGUGCGCCGUUGCACGGCGGGAGCUCUCCAAGCACCAGGAGCCUGAAGCCUGCUUGCGCUACACCCUCAUCCUGGCGAAGAUCGCCAAGGAACGUCGUGCGUUCACCGAGCGGCCAAAUGCACGGUAGACACGGGGUGCGACACGUCCGGGCGAGAGAUGUUGUGGGAAACGGAUUGUUUGAACAGACCUGAAGUGAGAGGAAUUUGAUGGAAUUUGACAUAUGUUUGCGGAUAUAUCCCUGAGGAGCCAGCUGCCUUUAAUCUAUUCUGGUCCGGCGCGGCAGUGAAAUCUAUUUUCUGGAGCAUUUCAAGUGAUCUCCAAUGAUAGAGCCGUCAAGCACUUGAUUGGACAAUUAUGUGUGAUUUGUUGCUUGAGGACCGGACCGAUGCUUUUGAUUUCUCCCUCAACCUCCUGGGAACCCUUUUUCUCAACACAUCUGACAGGUUGGAGCCCAUUGUUUAACUAUAAGGAAGGUGUCAAGGGACAAACAAGUUCAUCAUUGGCAAACAGUCGCAAUGUCAGCAGAUGCUUUUGUGAAGAAAGAACCAACUGCUGGGAGAAUUGACUGACUUUGCAGGCUUUGUGGCUUGAGUUGGGUGUAGCCCCUUGAAAGUUCUCUUGGAUACAGGAUUUGUCCGUUUACGACACGCGCUCACGAGCUUUGGCGGAUUAGGAACUGCAGUCGCUGAUGGACUAAUUUGUUGGAGUUUGUUGGAGUUUGCCAGCUACUAGGAGCAAAGGACGCUACUAGGGGCUCCUGGCAUCGCUACUAGGAACAAGAAGCUACGA